AUGUUAUUUUUCUAUAGGGCAAGCGUAGGUAAAAGUAAUUUGAAUGAAAUUCAUUUUCAAAAUGGUAUGUACAAUUUAGCAUUAAUGGAUAAUCUUAAUUUAAGUCAUAAUAUUAUUGAACAAAUAAAUAUAAAAUGGCAUCGUGAAUCACCACACACCAUUGAUUUAUCAUAUAAUAAUUUGAAAUUUGUUUAUUUACAUGGUCAAACAACGUAUAAUUUAAAUUUAAGUUCAAAUUAUCAGUUAACAUUAGACAAUAAUGUUCAAUUAAAUUUAUCACAAUUAAAAUAUAUUGAUUUAAGUAAUAUUAAUUUUAGAUCAUUUAAAAAUGUUAAUCUAUUUCAUAAUUUAACUACCAUUCAAACAUUAAUAUUAAAUAAUAAUCAUUUAGAUAUGAAAAUAUUAAAUUGGAAUGUAUUUCAUCCGAUGAGUAAAUAUUUAACACAUUUAUCAUUAUAUAAUAUGUCAAUUGAACAAUUAGAAGGUUAUUUAGAUAAUCAAAAACAAUUAUUAACAAUUGAUUUAUAUAAAAAUAAUAUAAAAUGUGAUUGUUCAUUAAAAACUCUUGUAAAAUGGUUAAAUUUUACAAGUGAAACUUAUAAAUAUUAUGAUGUACUUAAAAGAGCUGUGAGAAUUAAAUGUAAUAUUUAUGAAGUGGCAGCAGACGAUUUAUGUGAUCAAACAUCUAUUAGAAUAUCAUCUUUAACAAAAUAUUUAAUUCUUUUUAUUAUGGCCAUUUUAAUUUUUGUUGUUAUUAUCAAAUUAAUAAAUCGUUUUAUUAAAAGAUUAAAACAUCGUAGAAAUAAUUUUUAUCAUCGGGUAUAUACCGAUGCUGAUGUUAUAACGUUAGAUGAGAGAAAUUUAAGAGAAAAUAAUGAUGAAUAG